ACUGGGGCAGGGAAAUAGCGCCCUUCGGGCUGCUGGCUUUUGGCCGUCCUGGGGGGUCUGUUUUGGCUUUGGCUAAAGGAUAGAUCACCAGAACAGACUUGAAAGCUCUGAAACAGACCCAAGGAUUUCCGUAUGCAAGAACUUAUUUUGGUGCACCAAAUAACUUACUUAAACGCCUUAAGUCAACUUGGAGUUUUCGCUCAAGAGAUGGCUGCCCAGUGUGUCACAAAGGUGGAACUGAAUAUUUCCUGUGACAAUCUUUUGGAUAAAGAUGUAGGGUCAAAGUCAGACCCUUUGUGUGUGUUAUUUUUGAAUACGAGUGGUCAACAGUGGUAUGAGGUUGACCGCACAGAAAGGAUUAAGAAUUGCUUGAAUCCCAAAUUUUCCAAGACAUUUAUUAUUGAUUACUACUUUGAAGUGGUUCAGAAAUUGAAAUUUGGGAUUUAUGACAUUGACAACAAAACUAUCGAGCUGAGUGAUGAUGACUUCCUAGGAGAAUGUGAAUGUACCCUUGGACAAAUUGUUUCCAGUAAGAAACUAACUCGACCACUGGUGCUUAAAAAUGGCAGACCUGCAGGGAAAGGAAGCAUUACGAUUUCAGCUGAAGAAAUAAAGGAUAACAGAGUUGUCUUGUUUGAAAUGGAAGCAAGAAAACUUGAUAAUAAGGAUCUAUUUGGAAAGUCAGAUCCAUACCUGGAAUUCCACAAGCAGAUGUCUGAUGGAAACUGGCUAAUGGUUCAUCGAACAGAGGUUAUUAAAAACAACUUGAAUCCUGUUUGGAGGCCUUUUAAAAUCUCUCUUAACUCCCUGUGCUAUGGAGAUAUGGAUAAAACUAUUAAGGUAGAGUGUUAUGAUUAUGACAAUGAUGGGUCCCAUGAUCUCAUUGGAACAUUUCAAACCACCAUGACAAAACUGAAAGAAGCCUCCAGAAAUUCACCUGUUGAAUUUGAGUGCAUAAAUGAAAAAAAGAGGCAAAAGAAGAAAAGCUACAAGAAUUCAGGUGUUGUCAGUGUGAAACAGUGUGAGAUUACAGUGGAAUGUACAUUCCUUGACUAUAUCAUGGGAGGAUGUCAACUGAAUUUUACUGUGGGCGUGGACUUCACUGGCUCCAAUGGUGAUCCAAGGUCUCCCGACUCCCUUCAUUACAUCAGCCCCAAUGGUGUUAAUGAGUAUUUGACUGCAAUGUGGUCUGUGGGACUGGUCAUUCAAGAUUAUGAUGCUGAUAAGAUGUUUCCAGCUUUUGGUUUUGGAGCUCAGAUCCCACCUCAGUGGCAGGUUUCUCAUGAAUUUCCAAUAAACUUUAAUCCGUCCAAUCCCUACUGUAAUGGAAUUCAAGGCAUUAUAGAGGCAUAUCGGGCCUGCCUUCCUCAGAUAAAACUCUAUGGACCAACUAAUUUUUCUCCAAUCAUAAAUCAUGUGGCCAGGUUUGCUGCUGCAGCCACACAACAACAGACAGCUUCUCAAUAUUUUGUGCUCUUAAUCAUUACCGAUGGCGUGAUCACAGACCUUGAUGAGACCAGACAAGCUAUCGUUAACGCUGCCAAGCUGCCUAUGUCCAUCAUCAUUGUCGGAGUCGGAGAUGCUGACUUUGGUGCCAUGGAGUUUCUGGAUGGUGAUGGUGGAAGUCUCCGCUCCCCGUCGGGCGAGAUAGCCAUCAGGGAUAUUGUCCAGUUUGUGCCUUUCAGACAGUUCCAGAGUGCUCCAAAAGAAGCGCUUGCUCAAUGUGUCUUGGCGGAGAUCCCCCAGCAGGUGGUAGGCUACUUCAACACAUACAAACUCCUUCCUCCCAAGAACCCGGCUACGAAAUGAAAGGAGCUCUGGUCGCCUGAGCAGAGAGAAGUCUUUUGUGCUGUGUGGAGCAAUGGAUUUCCCUCUGACCCCAAAUCAUGAAUCUGUCAUUUUACACACUUCUCACGAACCCCAGCAUUUAUGAUGCAAACCUAGUUCUCUAUGGAUUAUGUCUAUUUAAAGCAUUCUUUUUUACUUUUUUUGGAGGAAAGUGCUAACUUAAUCUUUGCCCAAUCAAUUCAGUGAUUGCUAGUGAUUUACAGUAAUUGCAGUGAGGCUAUUUGGAUUAGAAACUGGUGUGAGAAAAGCGGAUUUUGUUCUUGUGGUUGUUUACUUUCAUAUGACGAAAAUGUUGUUUUUGAAUGUUUGUAAAUAAGAAAGAGUGGAAAAUUGUUGGAAUGAUGCGAAGGUUGCUGUGCUUUGCUCUAGGCAAUAUAUGUUUUAUAAGCCAAUGUCCAUGCCUGACAACAAGGGCUUCUUAAAUUAGAUGAUAUUGAAUUUGUUUCUAGAACUAUACUUAGUGCUAUUCCAUGGGAUAAAACUACCUUUACUUGUGCCUGAAUUUUGCUGCAAUUUAGACAUGCACAGUUCAAAACAGCAUGCAUCCUUAUAGGACUUCAUGAAAAGUACCGAAUGAGAAGGAAAGGCACGUAUUCAGUUCUUAAAAUUGUACAAUCAACAAGUAAAAGGAACCUCAUGUAAGUAAGCCAUUUUUAUUUGCCUUCCUAGAUCUUUCUUUUUCAUUAUUGAAUACCAUAAACAUGGUCAGAUUUGACCUUUUCAUUGAUUGUAUGUGACACUCAGGAUUCUGUAUCUGCAUUGAUGAUAGGUAGCCCUAGAUUCAACAUUAUUAGAUUAUUUUAAUUGGAGUUUGUUAAAAUGGUUAGGAUGGGUUUAUCCAGGAAAACUGUAAGAACCAAACAUAUAAGGGGAAAUUCAGAAUUCUAUUUCCUUUUAAUCAAUGAAAGACUUUACUUAUUAAAAAAGGCAAUGUUUAUACUUUCCUUGUUAAGGUCCCAUAUAUUGAUUUGUACAUUUGUGUAGAUUCAUUUAGAUAUUUUCUCUUUUUUUUUUAAGUAACAUUUUUAGUCUGAUUUUUUUAAACUCAUGAUAGUGGUUAUUAAUCAAAAUCAUAUCUUAUGUUUUAAUAAUGAGCUAUUUCCUAAAUCCAGAAUGUAUUGUAUUAAGCAUAAAACCUGUUAUAACUUUAAAAAAAAAUCCAGUUGCUGCAUAGGUUAGAGUGCGUUUUUAUUUUUUUAGUAGAAUUUUUUUUCUGAUUUUUAUCCUUUAGAACAUAAUACUUAGCAAACAUUACCUUUUCAGAAUAGAUUCAGUAACGUUUUAUUGAGGAGCUGUGUGCCAAGUACUAUGCAUAUCUGUGUAUUGGCCAGUCAUCUUGAACAAUUUAACAUUGAGAAUUACGUGUUUAUUAUGGAUCUGUAAAUGGAUGCACCCUAAGCCUAUCGGUCUUACUGAAAACUUGCACCACAGCUCAGGUCUCUUGUUCCCUGAAAUGUCUGAAGCAAGUGAGCUUUCAGCCACGAACAGCUUUUGGCUUCUCAGAAACUGCUCAUUGCCAAGGUCAGUCUGAGAGAGGAUCUGCUCGCCACAGUGGUUGCCUAGCCCAGGUGAGCAGUUAACAUUUUCCCACUUAGCUCUCCUCUGGAUAUGUGUUGUUAACCUGAAGGUACCUAACUAGUAGUCUGUUGCUCUAUAGUAUGUCUCAUUAGUUGACAAGUCAUCUUGACAUCAGUUAGGCGAGAAAAGAACUGAUGAUUCUUCCAAUAGUUCGGAGCCUUUGUUGUCUAAGAUGUCCUAAUUUCAGUUCUCUUUGUGUGCUUGGAAACAGCAUAUAUAUGUUACAGUGGUUUUCAGAAUUUUUUUUUUUAAACACAUGAAGCCUUUAAAAGAAACGAUUACAUAUGUUCUCAAUGUAUGGUAAAACAGAAGUAGAGGUUUUCCGUUGGAAGCUGGGGCAGGGUCCACAGCCCCACUCACUGGGCCUUCUCCCCACUCUCGGGAACCAGAUCCUGGCAGCACCUGAGUCACCUGCACAGGAAACCUGGAACCACUAGUCAUGAGCAUUCAUUGUUUUUAUUGGCCAAAUGACAAUACUUCUGUCACCACUGUCACAUUGAUUUGUUCUUCAUAAUUUUAUAUUCUGAUUUUAACCAGAAUUGUUCCCUUUUGAAAAUUAAUUUUGUAUUAUGCAUUCUUGAUUUGGUUCAUCAGUAGAUGCUAUUAUUCAUAAGACCUGUGAUUCCAGCAACUUAGAGUAACUGAUACCUUUUUGCAGUUUUGAAUAAAAGCAUUUAUAAUUUCCAAAUUAUCAUUUUAUAAAAUUCUUAUAGUUUCAACAUUUUACCUCAUCACAUGCUGAUAUAGUAUUGUUUUAUAUUAAAAUAGUCCUUUUCCUUAUUGUGCCACCAUUCAUUCAAGUGCCAUUAGUUCUUUUUUUUUUUUUUUGCCAUUAGUUCUUAAAAUGCAUUUAAAGAAAAAAUAAACAAGUUUACUUUCACACUUCAUAUAAACAGAUAUAUUACAAACAUAUAUUAGGGUGACAGUGCCCUGGAUAGAUGUAAUAUUUCUCACAUCUGCCUGUACUGAGAAAAUAGCAAUUAGCAUGGUCAUGUCACCUUGUGCUUAGAAUUGAAAAGUUUAAGAUCGUAAAAAUUUAAAGUCAGAUUAGGGAUUUACAACUAUCCGUUUGGUAGUGCCUUAGGCAGCCUUUCCAGAGUAAAUUCAGGGCUGUGUUGCUGCCUCUGCCUUAUUUGACAUACUUUGCCUUUUUCAUUUUGUAAAUUUUCUGGAAAGUCAUCUUCAGUCAAUUUCUCCUAGUUUUUUUUUUUUUUUUGCGGUGCGCGGGCCUCUCACCGCGGUGGCCUCUCCCGUUGCGGAGCACAGGCUCCGGACGCGCAGGCUCAGCAGCCAUGGCUCACGGGCCCAGCCGCUCCACGGCAUAUGGGAUCUUCCCGGACCGGGGCACGAACCCGUGUCCCCUGCAUCGGCAGGCGGACUCUCAACCACUGCGCCACCAGGGAAGCCCUCUCCUAGUUUCUUUAUGUAUGUGAUUGAUAGUCGUGGAAGUGACACAUAAGGUAAGCUAGAAGCUUGGUUGAGAUCUCGAGAGACUAUUUUAUGCUUUUAUGGAUCUCAUACUUGAUAAUAAAUGUAUAAGUUACUAAUAUAUGAAUUGAUGUUAAAUGUAUCUUGCAUCUGAAUUUCCUUUGGAUAAAAUUAUUUUGUGGUGUGAGACAGUAGUGCCUUGUUUUCAUUUUUAUUCUUUCUCUAAAUGUUAUUCAUUGAAAAGUUAGAAAUAAAGUUAGUAUUUUAA